GAGGUGAUAGCGAGCGGCGGCUGCUCCAGGUGCGGGGGCGCCCCUCGCGCUCCACCUGCGCCGCCGCCGGCUCUCAGGGUAAGUUUAUCUUCUCCCUUCUGCGGAAACGCUUGGCCGCUUAGCGGAGUACAUACCUGUCGGUAAAUAGAAAACUCGAGCUGGAGAGGAGGAGGAAGCAGCGUGGCGGAACCUGGCCCGGGAUGAGCGUCUAGGUGAGGGCAGUGGUGGCCUCUUGGACAUUACAUCUUUCUUGGCUCUUUUCGACCCAGGUUUCCACAGCUGGAUUGUUUACUAGGGCCCAUUGUCACCAAUGGCAGUAAAACUCAUUUUCUGGCGAGCAGGGUCUCACGGACUAAUUGGCUCUCAUUCAGCAGGAACCUAACAGAUGAGUCUUCCUGCUGUAUAUCAAGAGAAUGCUUGCUUUUCAAGCUGUUCUGAGAAUGACUAAAGCAGUGUAACAAGGUGACAUUGUCAGGGGAGGACAAGCAGCCUGAGAAUUUCCUAUUAAUCUGAUUGCAGCUUGAAGGCAGCCCAUUUCCAUUACAUAGGACUGCAUGGCAAGCAGCCCCACCAAAGGGUUGACAAUGAGCGUCCCAGUGGCUCCUAAGAAAUCAUGUUACACUCAGCUGCGGGACAACAGAAAUGCAGCAAGAAAUAAUAAUGAGAGCAUUCUAAGUCUGGGAGAUACAAAUGCCAAUCAAAUCAUGUUGGAGGUCAGUUCCUCUCAUGCUGAGUCCAAGACGUGUGACCUGGAAGAUGAAAUUGGAAACACAAAUUCAAGUGAGCCAGAAAACCGUACCCAUUUCCAUAAGGAAUUUCACCAACUUCAGGGCUUUGAGAAGGGAUCUCAGCCUGGCUCCACCAGCCUGAAAGAUUUUAGACUUUCUUCAACCAUUCAGAGGGAACUCAAUGAAGAGCACACAAUGGAGACAGGCACAGACAGCCUGCAGACCCCGCGGAGUAUCCAGGGACCAAGUCUGUCGAGUUGGAGAAAUGUGAUGGGUGAGGCCAGUCUAGACGUUUUGGCUAAAAGGGAUGCUGAAAUUCCCCGGCACGUUCCCAAGGAUAAAUUGGCAAAGACCCUAAACAAUGAGGAACUGAGGAGGCAUUCUUUGGAAAGAGCAAGCAGCUCUGUAGCUGUAGUCGGGAGCCUGACUCCGCAGCAUCCACAGCCUGCACCCCUCGACUCCCAGGAAGCACGGGGUCAGGUGCCUGGGGGUGGGGAGGGGCCACAGAAGACAUUGCCAGACCACGCUCUCCCGGCAGCGUUCCCUCUAACUGAGAGUACCUCACAGGGAAAGAGUGUGUGUCAUCCUAAACCAUCUACCUCAGAGACCAAGCAGAGCACCCCCUCAGAGACCCAGACAGUGGGAGCACAUGUACUGCAGGUGUGCAGUGAGCACACAUCGCGUUCUGCCCAUCCAGAGCCCGCUCUGAAUCUGACUUUGGCAUCGAAGGAAAUCCCGAGUAAGCCAGAGGCACAAUUAGGUCAGGGAAAGGGAGAGGCCAAGCUGGAGCUGAAAUAUGUUUCACCCAGGAGGGUUGAACAGGAGGGAAAGGCAGCCCAGGAAGGGUAUCUGGGAUGCCACAGGGAAGAGAAUCCGUCAGCUUUGGAGGGAAAGGAUCUGUGUGGGGAAGCACACCCAGAAACCACCGAUGCACUUGGCGGUCUGCCAAACAGUGACCUCCAGCACCUUGGGGUGGGAAGAGGCAACAGUGAAGAGAAGAGAGGAGUCAACCCAGGGAAGCUGGAUUCUCUCCACACCACCCCCAAACAGGCCUCUGCUUCCUUAGGAGGGGCUGAUAAUCAGCCCACUGGCAAAAUUUCACCAUGUGCAGGUGGGAAGUUGGGUGAAAGGACAUCCAGCAGCUUUUCACCAGGUGAUGGUCAUGUGGCUUUUAUUCCUAAUAAUCUGACUGACGGCAAGCCCUUGGAUGUCAUUGAGGAGGAAAGGCAGUUGGGCAGUGGGCAACCCACGGUGGACAAGGACAGUGUUACGCUUUUGGUGUUCAAUCCUUCUGUUGGAGAGAGCCAGACAGAGGUGCCUGAGCCCCUGGAACCUCAAAGUGGCAGCUCAGAAGCACGGGAAAGCAAAGAGAUCACCACAUCUGUUGCUGAAAACAGGAACCUUCUAGAGAAUGCAGAUAAGAUUGAACGCACCUCAGCAAGAGUAGAUUCAGUUCUCAAUACUCCAGCAGCCCUCCACCCAGAGACAACUGUGAACAUGACCCACCAGCCUCCAACACCCAGUAGCCGUUUUCAGGAUGUUAGCGUGUUCGGUAUGGAUGCAGUGUCCCCCUUGGUGGUAACACCCCCUGCUGAUAGUGCACGCUUGUUGAACACAUCCCCCAAAGUGCCUGACAAGAAUGCCUGCCCCAGUGGGAUCCCCAAGCCUGUCUUCACACAUUCCAAGGACACACCUUCCUCGCAGGAGGGAAUGGAGAACCAUCAGCUUGAAAAAACAGAGGAGAGGACAGAAACCAAGCCCAUCAUUAUGCCCAAGCCCAAGCAUGUGAGGCCCAAGAUCAUCACCUACAUCAGGAGGAAUCCCCAAGCCCUGGGCCAGGUGGACGCCUCGCUGGUUCCAGUGGGGCUUCCAUAUGCCCCGCCCACAUGUACCAUGCCUCUUCCCCAUGAAGAGAAGGCAGCAAGUGGUGACCUGAAGCCAUCUGUCAACCUCUAUGAGAAAUUCAAGCCAGACCUGCAGAAGCCAAGGGUCUUCAGUUCUGGAUUGAUGGUGUCUGGAAUCAAGCCCCCAGGACAUCCUUUCAGUCAAAUGAGUGAAAAGUUUUUGCAGGAGGUUACAGACCACCCUGGAAAAGAAGAGUUCUGUUCUCCUCCCUAUGCUCAUUACGAAGUCCCUCCAACUUUCUAUCGGUCAGCCAUGCUCCUUAAGCCGCAGCUAGGAUUGGGUGCAAUGUCCCGUUUACCAUCUGCAAAGAGCAGGAUUCUGAUUGCAAGUCAGAGGUCUUCAGCGAGUGCCAUCCACCCACCAGGACCCAUAACAACAGCUGCCAGUCUCUACAAUUCCGAUCCUUCAGAUAUAAAGAAAGCUUCCAGUUCAAAUGCUGCAAAAUCCAAUCUCCCGAAAUCUGGUCUCCGUCCUCCUGGAUACUCACGUCUCCCAGCAGCCAAGCUGGCGGCGUUUGGCUUUGUCCGGAGCUCCAGCGUCUCCUCAGUCUCCAGCACCCAGUCCGGGGACAGUGCACAGCCAGAGCAGGGCCGGCCGGCCACCCGUACAACCUUUGGGAAUGAAGAACAGCCAGUUCUGAAGGCAUCUCUGCCUUCUAAGGACACACCCAAGGGGGCCGGCCGGGUGGCCCCUCCGGCGUCCUCCAGUGUGGCAGCACCCCGCAGGAGUUUACUUCCAGCGCCAAAAUCCACUUCCACACCCGCUGGAACAAAGAAAGACACUCAGAAAGAUCAAGAUACGAAUAAACCUGCUGUUUCAUCUCCUAAGAGAGUAGCAGCUUCAGCCACCAAGCUUCAUUCACCAGGAUACCCAAAGCAGAGGACUGCGGCAGCGCGAAAUGGGUUUCCGCCCAAGCCGGACCCGCAGGCCCGUGAGGCUGAGCGGCAGCUGGUGCAGCGGCUGAAGGAGCGGUGUGAGCGGCAGACUAGACAGCUGGGCGUCGUGCAAGGGGAGCUGAAGAGGGCCAUCUGCAGCUUUGAUGCACUUGCCGUGGCCACGCAGCAUUUCUUUAGAAAGAGUGAAAGUGCCCUUGUGAAAGAAAAAGAGCUGUCAAUCGAACUUGCAAACAUCAGGGAUGAAGUUGCCUUCCAUACAGCAAAGUGCGAGAAACUACAAAAGGAGAAGGAGGAGCUGGAGAGGCGGUUCGAGGACGAGGUGAAGAGGCUGGGCUGGCAGCAGCAGGCCGAGCUCCAGGAGCUGGAGGAGCGGCUGCAGCUGCAAUUCGAGGCAGAGAUGGCGCGCCUGCAGGAGGAGCACCGUGACCAGCUGCUGAGCAUCCGGUGUCAGCACCAGGAGCAGGUGGAAGAUCUCACCGCCAGCCAUGAGGCUGCUCUCCUGGAGAUGGAAAAUAACCACACAGUUGCCAUCACAAUCCUGCAGGAUGACCACGACCACAAAGUCCAAGAAUUGAUGUCCACUCAUGAGCUUGAAAAGAAAGAAUUGGAAGAAAAUUUUGAAAAACUGCGGCUGUCAUUGCAGGACCAGGUGGACACGCUGACCUUCCAGAGCCAGUCUCUGCGGGACAGAGCCCGCCGCUUCGAAGAGGCCUUGAGGAAGAACACAGAGGAGCAGCUGGAGAUUGCGUUGGCUCCUUAUCAGCACUUGGAAGAAGACAUGAAGAGUCUGAAGCAGGUAUUAGAGAUGAAGAAUCAGCAAAUACAUGAGCAGGAAAAGAAGAUUCUUGAGCUGGAAAAGCUGGCAGAAAAGAACAUUAUCCUAGAAGAAAAGAUCCAGGUUCUCCAACAGCAGAAUGAAGACCUCAAAGCAAGGAUUGACCAAAACACAGUUGUCACCAGACAACUGUCGGAGGAAAACGCUAACCUCCAGGAAUAUGUGGAGAAGGAAACCCAGGAGAAGAAGAGAUUGAGCCGAACCAACGAAGAGCUGCUUUGGAAGCUCCAAACUGGGGACCCGACCAGCCCGAUUAAACUCUCGCCCACAUCUCCCGUUUACCGCGGCUCCUCCUCGGGGCCCUCCUCUCCCGCCAGGGUCAGCACGACACCCAGAUGACGCCACUACGCGGCCUGCGGGAGCUCCGGCUUCUCGUCCUCCAGUCUCCACCCCGAGGGAGCACCGACCCGGUGCCGCCGGAGCUGGCCCUGUGCGCAUGCUCAGUAGCUGCGAAUGCAUCCUAGGCGCGUCCUCCUCUGACCCCCAUGUAAGACUGUCCUGGUGUCCGCACUUCGGAACGUGUAAAUGGUAAAGUCUGAUGUGCAAACGUUUUACCAUAGUUAGAGCCAAAAGAAAGACACUUGCAAUUGUUCUUGAGCAAUGAACUUUCACUGCAGAAUUUCAGGUUAGUUACAAAAAGCUCAGUUUUCAAUAUACAUUGAAUAAUCAUUGUGUACUGCACCGAUAUGUGUGUAUAUUGAGAUAUACGUAUAUACACAUGCGGCGGUUCUGAAUUUCAUUUUUUAUAAUAUGAAGUGCUGACAUAUUUUAGUGAAGGUCAGCAGUUUUCUAACUUGUGCCUAAGAAUUAUUGGGAAAUGAAAAUGCAUUUCUAUCUAGCCUCCCAGGAAUAUUUCUACCCAAAAUAGAAAAAGGAAAAAAAAAAAUAAAAAAGAUACAAGAGAAGAAGCGCCUUUCAACUCACCACCAAGUGGUACUCUCUUUAACACGAACACCAGCUAUUUGUGAACGGUAACUGCCUUUGGAACCAUCAGCUUCUUAGUCAACAUGAUGUGAGAUCACUAUUAUUCCAUUCGCAAGUUUUAAUUACAGAGACUCCUGUCAUGAGCGGAUAAGGGAGAGCGGUGGGAAACCCUGAGAGCUUUAACAGUUUUGCAGAUGUUUCUCAUGACAGUGACUCAUCUCUAACAGUCUUGUAAACACAGUUUUGCUUUUUUCCUAAAUGGCAUCUCAGACUCGGUCAUUAAGCUAUCGUUGCACCCUCCGGAAAACAUGUUGCACCCUCCGGAAAACCUUUGAAUGAGAGUGAGGAUGACCUUGGAGAUGACCGCGCCCAUUCGCACUCCAUCCUCAUGAAGGAAAUUGCUGCUAGGGUCUGUAUUUUGACCAGGCACAGAGGGGGAACGUCACUCCAGCUUUCCAUGUGGUUCACUCUGAUGCAAUGCUGUAAAUGAUCAACUCGUUGAAAUAGGACCCUCAGGCCCCCAUUUCAUAGCAGCCCCCACUUCAGUUUGGUUCUACAACUCAACCCCUUCAGUGCACACUGAGAUGGCUCAGGGGUUCUGGCAGGGGCUUCCAGAAAAAAAAACACCAUUUCGGUCCCCGGGGGACCAGUUCUGAGCUGUGCUAGAUCAUCACACGACCACCCAGAAACCCACUUCCACUUCCUGCUGGAUGAUCAGGCAACGCUGCUGCUGACCGUGCGCCCAUCUUAGAUCCAGAAGGUUCUCCCAAACAGAGGAGCCCAGUGAAACAGCCAGCCAGGGGGCGCCAGCUCCUGGACUGGCAUCUGUCUCUAAAAUGGUAGAAUUAGGAUAUGAACAGUACUCAUGUAGUGGUGUGGAAGAUUAGGAGCAUGAUACACAAAAGGAAGAAGUAGUUGUAACAGAUACGGUGAUGAUGAUGAUGCUCUUGUUUCCUGUAUGCGACAAAGACCCUGUACUUUCUCCCUGAGACCCCCCCCCCCCAAAAUUGUCCUGAGCACAGGCCUGUCUUUGAGUGUGCCCAAGGCGAGAAGAACCAUGAGGGGAUCCUGCAGGGGCCGGAGCCAUGGAGCGGGGAAGAAACAGCCAGCGGACAGAGUCGGCUUGCCCAGGGCACGCCUACUCGGCACACAUACGGCCAACAUGAAGGCAGACAUGGUCCCUGGCCCUAGCGUGAGUCCAAGCUGGGCUUCCGGGCCUCGGGUACAUCUCCAGCAAACCUCCAAGGGUCUUGCUCCUUCUGGGGACGUACACAGUAAAUCCACAUGGAAGUGCCACCAUUUCUCUUUGCUUUAGUGGCUCUGCAUGAUACUGUGAUAUUGAGUUGGGCAUUCCAUUAGAGUAGAUCACGCCACAUUGACUAAGUACACAAUCAUUUAUUCUUGUAGCAGGCACAACCUGCAAACACACAUUCGGUUACAGCUUAGCUGCCCGAAUUAGGAACCGCUUACAUAGCCGCACCUGCUAAACGCAGUUACACAGCAAUACCGACUUCCGUGUGAUGCUAGAACGUGGUACAGUGUGUUAGGCUGCUGUGGUCAGAGUUGUAGCAUUGUUAGCACUAAGUAAUUCCUCAUUAGGUGGACUUUGGUGAGAGCUUUACCCUAACCCACCCUGACCUUGGGUGCUUGAGCUAAUUUCCACAUGGCCCUGGCUUUGUGUUUUCUUUUUUUUUUUCUUUUGUUACGGACACCCAUCGUGUAUGGCUCCUCAUCUGAGCCAUCACUGCUCCAGAAACACAUGGGGCAGCAGCUGCUGUGCCUCCUCCUCGAUUCUUCCACCCCCCACACCAUCAGAAUUCAGAUUUCUCUCCACGUGGUGUCUGCCUCUGUCCCCUUCCAGGCUGGAGCGACGUUUCCAUGUUCGGAUGCUGCAGCCUCUGCACCUGCCUCAGACAGACCCGCCAGAUACCACCUGUCUCUGCGUGGUAUUUGGGGGAUGCAUGGGCGGCCUGCCCGUCACAUGCUGGGACAAGGUUCUGGCUGGAUGUCAGAAAGGAUGGGGGUGGGGGCAGCCCUGGCAGUGAUUCGUUGAAUGAAUUGGGUCACAACAUCCCUUUUCCUGCCCCUACAGUUUGUGUUGCAUAUUUGUGUUUAACUUUAAAGCCUAUUAAAAUAAACUUGAGGGACUUUCUG